AUGUCCUACUACUUUGCCAUUGUCGGCACGCAGGAUAACCCGCUCUUCGAGUACGACUUCGGCACGUCCAAGCAGGGCGGCGAUGGCCUGGCGCACUUUUCCGAGCAGGCGCGCCAUCUGAACCAAUUUAUCGUGCACAGCAGCCUCGAUGUCGUCGAGGAAGUGUUAUGGGGGACCGGCCAGAUGUACCUCAAGUGCGUAGACAAGUUCUUCCAAAAUUACGUCUCUUGCUUCGUCACGGGCGCCAACACAAAAUUCCUCCUCCUCCACACGCCAUCUUCAGCCGCAAAUGCCUAUACCCCCGGCAUCAACGGAGGCCUUACGGGAGGCAACAGCUCUUCUGCAGCAUCCGUCUCGUCGCGUGCGUCCACAUCUAUCGGUGCCAAUCCCACGAGUGCGGCUACCGAGGAGGCCAUCAAGAACUUCUUUUUCGAAGUAUACGAGAGCUGGGUCAAAGCAACAAUGAACCCUUUCUACAAGAACAACAUGGAGAUCAGCAGUCCUGUGUUCCGGGCUCGAGUAGCUGCUGCAGGAAAGAAAUACCUGUAA